AUUAAAAGCAUGGAAUCGAGGAAACCGGAUCGGGGUAACAUGCCGAUAACGCCGUCGGAAGUUAAUUCAAACCUUGUUGCAACUACGUUUAGCAACAACAAAGUUGCACAGUCGUCCAAUAAAUUAUCCCCACCUAAACGCAUUAUAAAAACAAUUGCCGUCGAUUUUAAUAAGUUAAAGGCCGCUGGCUUAGACAGAAAAAUUGCCGAAGCAUUGAGCAGACAUAAAAUUAAUGCUGCAGCAACAACUACCAAAAGUGGUGUAAACUCGUCGAGCGUUCCGUCGCAAGAGUUCUCUUCAAUAACAGGCACACAUCAACAGGCGCAACAAUUGCAGCGGAAUGAGUGUCCAACAAUUGACCGUCAUGCUUCGAAGCCCAUCAGAAAGGCAUCCAUAGUAUCCAGCUACAUACAAAAGGUAGUACCACCUAAAAUUACAAUAACACGACCACAGGACUCUCCGCCUGCCACUCUGCAGCAGUUUCCAUCAAGUGAGCUCAUCUCCCAUCCAACAAAACCAGUGGACGAAGCGGCGGCAGCUAAAGCGGCUAUGGAGCGUUCAAUGUGGGUAAAAGAGCUGAUUAAGAAAAAAAUAUUAAAGAAAACAAAUGAACCAGUGGGAGAGUUACAGACACAAAUGACACAGCCAGAAAAACCACAUACAAGCAACAAUGAAAAAACAACAACAGUUUCUGGCAACUUUUUGACAUCUAUACCGAAAGCUGAUCUUACAGUGCGGAAGCCAAAGCAGCAGCCCCUGUUACUUAACACGGUCAAUCAAUUGCCCGCACGGAGAGCAAGAUGUCCGAUCAGCAAAAAAAUGCAAACGGAACUUGAAACAGAUACAUCCAUGCCAAGUGAAAGUUCUCCAGCCAGUCCACUUGUGCUUGAGCACAAGGUAUUGGCGCCUGAUGAAAAGAUAGACAUUUGUGGCUUGCAGUUGCCCGUCUCGACGUCGACAACCAUACAACCAAAGAAAAUUCUAAAUGCAGAUAAGCUGAAGGUCCCACGUGAAAAGAUCACCCAGAUGGCAAAAGCAAUACGUAACCAGUGGACGGAAUCAUCGCCAUCAACUGCGUCUAAACCUAAAGAGUACGAUAAUGAUAUGAUGAUAGCAUUGGUGGUUCAAUCCCCAAAGAGUGGACCCAAGCAAAAUUCUUCAUCUUUGAUGAACAAAGAUGUAGGAGUUAGGCAACCAGUAAAAGCUGCUAGUGUGCCCACGUCAUCGCCUAAAAUACUGUCUGCCGUUGAUUUUAUCGCACAGCUAGCUGCGUCUAAUCCUGGCACAGAAAAUAUGAUGGAGCUGUCACCUGAGGAGCUGAGUUUAAGCGCAACAUUCGGUCUUGGCCAGUCAGAUCAUUUAUUUCCGGCUCAGAGCAAAUCAGAUGACUUGGCCAUUGGUAAUAUUGUGGAAAUACAAAAUAUGAAUAUUUUGCAUGCAACUAUGGAUGUAGUGGGAGAUAGUGGGAACGUGCUGCGCAUCAGUCCAAAUACAACGAUGCCACAAAGUUACAAUUCAGAUCAGGAAGUGAUUUCAAUUAAAGUUGAAAAAAAUCCGCAAGAAAAAGAUGUGCCACAAAAAGAAACAACGAAAUCUUUGUCGGAAACGAUUGGAGCGCCUGAUAUGGAGCCUACAAAUAAUUCAACAAGCACAAAUUCUUUAUCUACGCCCAUUGUGAGACCUGCGGGAGAAGAGACUACACAAAUUAUGUCGGAACCAUUAGACCAGCUCAAUAAUGAAGCGAGAAAGUCGACCUUACCUGUUAGACGACCGAUAUCACUAUUAAUGAAAAGUAAAAUCAAUUUAGUGCAACGAAACAAAAGGGCCAUAGAGGCAACUAAGCCCCAAGCUAAUAAAGCUGUAGCUGACGUAGUGUCGAUUAAAAAGGAGGAAGCAAUACAAUUAGAUACAGACAAUAGCCAGAAUAUCGUAGAAACAGAUGGAUUGGUAAAUUCAAUUCCAAAAAGGCUAGAAGAUGGAGAUAAAACCGCGAAACUCGUAACAGGUGAACAUUUAGAUCGAAAUAUUAUGGAAAAUGCAAUUGAAACAAAAUCAAUCACAACGUCACCUAUAAAUGAGGUUUUACUUGAAAGCAACACCGAAUCGCAGUUGGCUCUUGGAACAGUGACAACAAGGAGCGAUUACGUGGACGAGCCGGAAAAUACAGAGACCAAUUUUAAAAAUAAUAAAUCAAGUGAGUCUGAAGAAUCGCCUAGCAAUAUAGCCCCCAAGCGAACUGGUGUCCAAGACCUAUCUCAGUUCUUUAAUCCACCAAAGAUAACAAAGUACAAACAACAGCAGCAAACUGAAAAUAACGAUAUGGUAAAAAUUGAGAGCGAUACAGAGAAACAAAAGACAGUGUCUCUACGAGAUGUGUUAUCGCAGGAAGCGCCUCCGGUGCAAGGAUUAGCACAGGUGCCUUUUCGCAGCUCGCCUGCUACGUGUGAUGCCAAGAGAAAUAUAGAUGAAACCGUGGGCAUUACAAAUUUGGUAACCCACCUGGCGAGAGAAAAUGUUGUAGUGGUAAAGCCUCAAGUCCCAGCAGAUGAAUCAGGUAUGGCUGAAGAGACAAAAUAUGCGGAAGAAGAAUGUGCGACUCAAAAGGAAGUGGCAAGCAAAGUCUUUCGAAAAAAGCUCUUUAAAGCUCGACCUGUGCUCGGUAAAAGACCGUCUAAACAGCCGUCACCAAUCCGUUCGCCUAAGGACUUGAAUAAUGUGGAGGCUGUGCCAAAUCAGCAACAAACUAAAGAUAACGGAGAGGCUGUAAAGCCAAAGAGCAAGUGGUUGCAGACUGAAGUCAAUAGCAAUAACUGUGAGAAGGUCACAUGCAAUUCAAAUGAUGAUGAUAGCAACGAUUUCUUUGGUUUCGAUGAUAUCAGGAAUAAAACACCGAAAGUACUCAAAAGGAAAAAGGAAAGAAAUAAAGCAAAAAAGAUCGUUUCAGCGGAGAUAUUUGGAACUGAUAUUAGUGAUGAUUCAACGCCCGCAUCGGAAAAUGAUGACUUUGUGCAGGAUGUGGUUUUAAACUAUAAGAAACAGCAAAAAGAUUCCAUUGCUGAGACAAUGGCGAUACCAGAAAGUGCAGUAAUUCAAUCAGAGUGCGAGUCAGUAGAACAUAUGUCAGCCGAAGUUGAACCCGCGAACUCUACGAGCAAUCAAGAAGCGAUCACUAAUUCAGUUGAUACUUCAAUAGCAGUGCCCAUUGAGGAUGCACUAGCAAACACCGCCAAUCAUGUUCCUAAAAAACGGGGGCGCAAGCCCAAAAUCACUGUCGGCGCCACGCCAACGUCAAUUACUGAUUAUUUUCCUACUUCAGCCUCAACUUCGAAACAAGAAGCCACGCCUAUCCCGCAAAAACUCAGGCGCUUGUCAAAAACAUCAGUUGAACUAUCACCUGAUCUAACUACGAUUUCACCGGAUUGUCCACAAAGUAAGAGAGGUCGGAAGCCAAAAAAUAUCAGUUCGACUACUGAAAAAACUGAAAUCAGUUCUGUGAUUACUCCAGCGACCAGCAGACGUGGUCGUAAGCCAAAAAAUUUAAGUGACUCGUUCACAUCUGCAUCUGGCACAAAUGAAGAGGUCACAAACACACCGAUAACCAAUAAACGAGGUCGCAUGUCCAACACCAUUAUCGAACCAAGUGAACCACUCCCAAAACGUUCGUGUGUUGAUCAGAUAAAAGAUACAAGUAAUGAUAAUAAUGAUACAGAUGAAGUGCCACUUUUUCAGCCAAGUGCUUCUAAGCGUCGUGUAGGUAGACCACGAACGGUUGGCCACAACCAGGAGCAGCAGCAAGCUGAAAAGCCUCCGACUGAAUCGGAUUUUAGUUGGCGUCUGCUGCUCAUUUCGAAGCGUGAGCAGCUGGACACAGAAGAAGAGCUGCGCCCCGGGGCGAUUGAAAAUGGCAGUGGAGAAGGAGCAAUUCAAUGUGGCCUCUGUCUGGUGCGCACCAGCAAGAACCACUGGCUUGAACACUUGCGGGAACAUUAUGGCGUUGGAUGGUUCGCAAAUCAACAAGCCCCGACUCUCACACGCUCAGCUGUACUUAAUAUGAUGGUGAACUAUUUAAAGAAUCCGUCCAGUCCCAAAAAGUUGAUUUGUCGACUGUGCGGUCGUCAGUUGGGCUCUGCUCUAGGCAUGAUGCUGCACCUGGAAGGUUGCGGCAUUGCGCCACAACGUUUUGAAUGUCCGAAUUGCAAAAAAAGCUAUACCAAAUUGUCCUUGCUGACUCAUGAACGAACAUGUUGGAGUCGGAAAAGGGAGGAAGAGGAUGCCCAGAAAACGAAAGAAGCUGACCAGAACGUCUGCAGUGAACCUGUCUUUAGUAAUUCAGGACGUGCAAAACGCCGCUCCACAUUGAAAGCUGAGCAAAAACUCAAGAAAAUUGGUGCGCAGUUGGAAAAUCAUAAAGAUAUUCCCAGAAAAGACUUUGAGGGCGAAGCAUCAGAUUAUGACGUGCGGAAGGAUAAAGAAUCCUCUGAGGAGUAUGAUUCCGAAGGUGUAAAUUCCAACGAUGACGACAUUCUGACUGAAAACGAGUGCGAUAAUAAUGGAGAAAUGCGCGGAAAGUCAUCAAAAGCCAAGUCUAAAAUUAAGAGCAGUUCGUUGAUCACCUCUGUAGCUCAAUUGUAUGGCCGUAAUGUGAAUGCGAAAAAAGUAGUUGAAAAAGUAGCUGAAAGAUGGAACGAUUUCAAGAAGCUAAACUACUCUUCGGGCGUUUUGUACGAGCAGUUGCUACCACAGUUCAUCGUAUUGAGUCCGAAGGAGGUCAGUGCGCUGUUACCUACCCAGAUCAGUCGAUCUGUGCGUUACGCCUAUGGCAAGAAACCGGAUGGUGAAUGGGCGCAGCUUAAAAGACUGCAAAACUUCCAUGCAAAGACUGAAAACAUUACCUAUCUGGGUGCCCCAAUCAAGCAGUUGUGCUGGGUGCCUUUGCCGGCGUCGGUGAAGUCACAGUACCUCCUCUGUUCCCUACGUCCACAAAUGCACGCCUACACGCGGCAUACGAAAACGACGCAAACGUGCGCCCAUCUAAUGCUCCUCAAGUGCACGUUGACGGCGAAUGUCGAAAAGGAUCAGUGGCCCUUAGAUACGUGCUUACACUAUAGUAUAGUCCUGCGCUCAGGUGCUGUGCAUAGUUUUGCUUUUAUGCCCAGCGGUGGAUACGACGUAUCCGCCAAUCGGCUGGGCUUAAUGGCCGUGGGUGGCGCAAGCAGUGAUAUCAAUAUUUAUGCGCUGCCAUUAGAUGCCGAUGUGACGAAGGAUGAGGCUUUUAUCGAACUGAAACCGGUGCUUGUGUUGACCUUAGAAGUGGAUAGGCCUGUUCUGGAUCAGUGCGUGAAGCUAGUAUGGUCUGAGAGCGCUGGACACAAUUUCUUAGCGGCAGGCUUUGCUCAUGGAAACAUUGCCUUCUGGGGUAUUGGCGAGGAGCAUUCGCUUAACUGCGUCGUGCGUAACAAUCAGAAAUAUUACCUGCCUGUGCAUUUCUUUUAUUUUGGGGAACGUAACAUCAAAUUUCUGGAGCUGCACUACGACUGCAAUGGACCACGUUGGAUAGCUAUUGCCACCGUAUCGCGUAAUCUGUGGAUCUAUGACAUAGCCAACUGGACUCUGCCGGUGCCAGUCAAUGUAAACUCAAUCGCCAUCGUUUUGGCCAGCGUCCACUGGCCUCCCGUAUGGGAGACAAUCGCUUACGGCUGCAGUGAAGUCUAUAAGAAAGAAUUUCCGCGCUUAGUAGCCGUCAAUCCGACCGGCGUUUGGUUCACCAGUAGCACCAUUGAUCACACGCUGUCCAGUGCUCGAGCGCAAGACUUCAGCUCACAACUUAACGUACAGCUGGUGGCCACUGAUAACGGCGAUGUGGUUUUCAUCAACACACGGGAAAUGAACAUGGAAUCGAUGAUUACAAAAGAUAAACAAAUUCGUCGUACUGUGGCCAUGACCGAGGCGCACAAAUUGAUCGAUGAGCCGAACAAGGAGGAGAACAAAUACAUCAGUACGACCGAUUUUGAGAGCAAUUAUGGGUUGCUGCUUACACCAUUACGUGGCAUUUCAUUGGAAAAGAAGAGGCAAUUAUACUUAAACGAGAAUAGGCGCCCACACUUUGAUCUGCUAUCGAUGUUGCGUUACAACUCCGCACACUUUAAUCGCAAUGCCCAUUAUGAAAGUUGGGCAGCCGUUGGUGGAGAGCAUGGCUUGCUGCGAAUCUUUAAUUUUAGUCGCGGCUAAUUUGUCUACCCUAAUCGAAUUUGUUUCAAUCUAUUAUUGUGAGAUUAUACCCGUAUUAUUUAUAAAAAUUUUAAAUUUGUACGAUAUCUUAAGAAUCCUUAUAAAACACAUUGUUUUUUUUUUUUUACUAUACAUAUAUUAUUAUUUUAUUUUUUAAGUGUUGCAUUGCAUUAUGGUUAUUGAGUUAUAGCUUAAUUUACUUUUAAAUAUUGUAUGAGUCAUAUUUAAUAUGCAUUAGUAGUCAUUGUAAAAAUUUGAAGGAUAAGUGAAGCGCAUACAUUUAUAGAGUGUAUUAAAAUGAACAAUUAAAAUGAUACUAAAAAUACGAAAGGUGUUAAAAUAUUCAAAUAAAAAUGUAAAUGCAAUCUGAGCAACCCUAGCUCCUUAUAGCCGUGCGUCAAUUAUUUCUUGA